CAAAGGAAACCAAACCGAGAGCUAAUAAUUGACGAACUGGGCCUCCUGCAGUACCACCAGCAGCACCACCACCACCACCAUGUUCACCAAGGACUUCCCACUGCCCACCGAGGAGGAGCUGACGGUGCAGGAGAUCAAUAUAAGCACGCCGUCCCUCAGAGCAGCCGCCUUUCAUCUGGGCAAGAGUUGUGAGGAACAGAACAAUGAGUACAUGCUGUGCCGGAAGGAGGAGAAGGACCCCCGUAAGUGCCUGGACGAGGGCAAGGCAGUGACGGCUUGCUCCCUCAACUUCUUCAGGCAAAUCAAGAAGUCCUGCCUGGAGGAGUUCUCGCAGUACGCCAACUGUCUCGACAAGUCCUCCAGAGAUAUGGAGUAUAAAUACUGCCGCAACACUCAGGCCAUCUACGACAAGUGUGUGCUGGACAACCUGGAUCUGGAGCGGCCUGACUUUGGUUACUUCUGUGAGCCGAAGAUUGUCGACUCAAAAAGGCCUAAGCCAGUGGAAGAGCGCCCCACCUUCCCUGAAGCCCCCGAGCCCCUGCCAGAGCUCCCACCAGGUAGUGAGGCCAGGUACGGCGCCCGCAGGUUCUGGUUCCAGUAGGCCACUCAUUACUGGCUGGCUGGUGUGGCAAAGUUUGUUUUCUUCCUUCACUGUAGCCAGAGAGACUUGCAACAGGAAGUAUUGCUGUGAAGUCCUGCCAGAACAGAUUCGAGGUUCACUUGUACACUAAUGUUACUUCAGUAGCAAAAUUUAGGUGGGAAAAUAGAGAACACAGUGUGCUGCUUUUAGUUUGGAGGGUCAAGGAAAGGAAGUGCUUGUCAUCUUGAAUACACUGGGCUGUUGUGACUAUUGGAAACUGUUGUCACCACCACCACCACCACAACCACACCCUCCUCACUGCUCACCACGAGACUGGCAUGUCAACAAAGAGCUGCAGUGAACUGUUGCUGUUGUAGUCUCUAGCAGUGUUUGCUUUGUACAUAAAGGUAUCUUAAAGUGUUAUAAUAUAUUCCUUCACAUGUCCUUUUGACAAAAAAUAAAGAUGUAAAAUAU